AAAGUUAAGAUAUGUUUCUACCUUCGAAGAUUCUGCCAGGUCACUUCCACAAAGAUCAUUUCUGACCAGAACUUUCCUCAGUAAAUCCCCGUCCACCACAUCUUUGUCACCCAUUGAAGGUUUGCCUGUGAUGUGGAAUAGAUUCACCCCAGUUUCAUCUGGGAGAAGUAGCUCUUACUCAAACCUUUCAAAUCUUCCAGAAGAAAACCCUUCCCCAAUAACAACUGCUGUGUUUGAGAGCUCUAUCAAUGGACUAUCAAAUGAAACCAACCAAACUAUGGAAGAAAGCCCUCUGGAUUGCUCAAGUGCAACAACUGAAGUUACUUCUCUCUCUGAAAUGGUCACUUUGGGACCAAAUUUGGUUGUCAAAAAGCAUGUCCUUAAAAGAAUCAUUGCAAAGAAAGUUGGAUCAUAUGUUUCUAACUUAAUGGGGGAAACCUUAUCCCUUGAACACAUGGCUACCCACAGCUACAAGGGCCAAAAAGGGAAAAAUGGUCAGGUCAAGCCUCGGCUUUAUCCCACAUACAAUACUUCUUUAAUUCAGCAUGCAACGAGUGUGAAGUAUUCAAAUAUGCCACGCCAGAUUAUAGAAGAAGAUGUUGUAUAAGCUAUAAAGUUCAAACUUAAUAACGAGGAACAAGCAUGGAAAAAACAACACGAAUAAAGAGUAACAUUAGCUGUCUACAGUAUAUUUUUCUAUUAAGUCUAUCCAUGCAAUUUAAUGAUAUUUUCUAUAAAGGAAAAAAAUUGGUGAAUAUUUUUAUCUGGUUAAAAUACAAUGUAUAAUUAAAAUAUCGUGGAUUCAUGGUUUUAUUGAA